UGAGUUUGCAUUUAGCCUUCCUAACGGCGAGACGAGAUGGUGUUGUUCGAGUACUUGACCAAGAUCCCCCCUGCUCAAGCCAUCGGCGUGUCCAUCGUUGGCGCGCUCGGCCUGACUACUCUCACGUGGGGCACCUUCCGCUACACGGGUGAAGACUUUGGCGGUGCCUUGCCCGGGGAGCCCAGGACGACGUCUGCAGAAUGGCAAGCUGCCACCCGCGACUACAUCAUUGCGCAAAAGAUGAACCCCAUCAGCUCGUACCGUAAAUAAAUGAACCUGUAUGGCCAAGAAACCGUGCGCAAGGACGACAUGCCGACACCUCGUCUAGAUGUCGCCGUCCUCGUGUAAUAGACUGGUUCGACUCAUUGCGUCAUGCAAUGUCUUUUUAGUUUAGAAACUCCUUGUCUUCAAGUUGCACGAGAGUCGAGUCCUGUCCAGGUCGAUGCUUAUGCCUUCAGCAGAAAGACUGUUAGCUACACCAUCCCGCGUUGCGGGGUGCUACCAUACCUUUGCC